GUGAGUAAGACGGAGAGGCAGAGUGAGCUCCAUCUCUCUCUCUUACUUCCUGAGGCUGAUACUCAUGAACAGGACAACUUCAGUUCAGAGUUAAAGCUCAACCUCACCAAAAGAUGACUUCCCGUGUUCCCAUUCCCUGGUUCUUUGGAUUACUUCUACUGGUUCUCCGGUUCUGCUGCAGGCGCUCCUCUGCCUACGAACUGCUGGACGAUCGUGAUGGUCAUCGCUCCUUGGAUUUGACGGAGCUGAUCGGCGUUCCCCUCCCUCCUUCCGUAUCCUUCGUUACGGGCUUCGAGGGCUACCCCGCCUACAGCUUCGGACCAGACGCUAACGUGGGCCGCCUGACGAAGUCCUUCAUCCCAGAUCCGUUCUACAAUGACUUUGCCAUCACGGUCACGGCUAAACCCACAACACGGCGAGGAGGUGUGCUCUUCGCCAUCACAGACGCCUACCAGAAAAUCGUGCACUUAGGUGUAGCCUUGUCAGAAGUGGAGGAUGGUGCUCAGAGAGUCAUCCUGUACUACACCGACCCCGGAACGACAGGUGGAACCCAAGAAGCCGCUUCCUUCAAAAUGGGAGACAUGACAGGAAGAUGGGCGAGGUUUACGCUCACAGUUCAGGACACAGAGGUGCGUCUCUACAUGGACUGUGAGGAGUAUCACCGGGUCGCCUUCACCAGAAGCCCUCAGCCUCUGACCUUCGAGGCCAGCUCAGGGAUCUUUGUCGGGAACGCUGGAGGAACGGGUCUGGCGAGGUUUGUGGGCUCCAUCCAGCAGCUGGUUCUGAAGUCAGAUCCCACGGCCCCAGAUGACCAGUGUGAGGAGGAUGAUCCUUAUGCCUCAGGAUAUGGAAGUGGUGAUGAUGCAUAUGACGACCUUGAGGGAAUGGAUGAAGUGAAGAAGACUGUGGAGGAGAGAGAGUACAUGCCCCUCCCAGAGUUGGAGAACCUUCACAGCACUCCAGUCCCAGCUCCGCCCACUGAGGCGUCCUUCGACAAUGAUGAUGAAGAUGCAGCUGAAACCUCAGGACAGGAGAUGGAGAUGACCACAGUUAGAGUAAGAUCAGCAUACACUACUACUCCAGUCUCCACACCUGACACACCCAUCCUGAUGUCACCGGGGCAAAAGGGGGAGCGAGGUGAUCCAGGUCCAGCUGGUCCCCCAGGACCUCCUGGCCCACCAGGGCAAGCAUCAGAGGAGUGGAGGGUGUCUGGAGGGGAAGAAUUACCUGGACCCCGGGGUCCACAAGGGCAACCAGGAUCACCAGGCCUGCCCGGAGCUCCUGGGAAAGAUGGAGAGCGUGGAAGCAAAGGUGAAGCCGGCGUCCCAGGACAGACUGGGAUUCCAGGAUUCCCAGGUAUGCCUGGAGACCCUGGACCUAAAGGGGAAAAGGGUGAUACCGGUGUUGGACUGCCGGGUCCUCCAGGGCCUCCUGGACCUCCGGGACGACCCAGCAAGUCAUCUAUAAUCAUGGAGGGUUCAGGAUUUGAAGACUUCGAUAGCGAUGCAGAGAUUCUUAGAGGACCUCCUGGACCUCCGGGGCCCCCUGGUCAGCCAGGCCUUCCUGGACCCCCGAGCGAGGACCUGUUUCCGGGACCGCCUGGGGCUCCCGGAAGAGAUGGGAUAGAUGGAGAGAAGGGUGAACCUGGACUCCCUGGAGUCGAUGGAAAGGAUGGUGAUCCAGGGCCUGCAGGGGAGAAGGGAGACAAGGGAGAAAAUGGCAUGGGUGGACCACCAGGGCCAAAGGGAGAUCAGGGCCCACCAGGAUUCCCAGGCCUACCAGGAUCAGAUGGUUCAGAGGGGCAGCCUGGACCAAGGGGUCCACCUGGCCCUCCUGGUCCCCCUGGAAGGAGCUAUACCUUGGACUUUGAGGAUAUGGAAGGAUCUGAGCUGCAGAGUGGCUUUGGAGCUGUGCUGUCCAGAGGUCCUCAGGGUCCUGCAGGAAUUCCUGGACUUCCAGGACCAAAGGGUGAAGUUGGUUUAGUUGGCCCCCCAGGAAAGCCAGGUCAGAAGGGGGAGCCAGGUUUUACAGGACCACCAGGGUUUCCAGGAAUGGAAGGACUUAAAGGGGCAGAGGGGCAAAAAGGUGAUAAAGGGGACCUGGGACCAAAGGGAGAGGCAGGACGUGAUGGCAUCAGUCUACCUGGCCCUCCGGGACCACCCGGGCCUCCAGGACCCAUUAUCAACCUCCAGGAUCUUUUGCUUAAUGACACAGAUGGUGCCUUCAACUACUCAGGGAUUUUUGAAGCUCAGGGACCUGCUGGUCUAAAGGGUGACAUUGGGAUUCCAGGUGUUCAAGGACCUCCAGGACUGAAAGGUGAAAAAGGUGAACCAGGACUUGUCAUUGCAGCAGAUGGAUCCAUGAUGUCAGGUCUGGCUGGUCCCACGGGACCCAAAGGAGUCAAGGGAGAUAAUGGUGUUCCCGGAACUCCUGGAAUUACAGGACCUAUGGGACCACAAGGACCUAAGGGAGAAUUUGGCUUUCCGGGACGACCUGGUCGUCCAGGUCUGAUGGGACCUAAAGGAGAGAGGGGGGACUCUGUCGGGCAGCCGGGACCUCCGGGCCCUCCAGGACCACCAGGCCGACCAGGAAUCUUCAACUGCCCCAAAGGAACAGUGUUCCCCAUCCCUCCCAGACCCCACUGCAAAAUGGCUCUUAACCCGAAUGGAACCAUUGCAGCCGGCAACUGUCAGACGGGAUUAAAAGGAGAAAAGGGAGAUAGAGGCCUACCUGGACUACCGGCUCCACCAAACUCGUUUCUUCCAAGAGGAGGUUGGGGUAAACAGAGCAUCAAGGGAGAGAAGGGAGACAAAGGGGAUGCAGGGUUUCCUGGACAACCGGGUCCUCCUGGGAGACCUGGACCAGUGGGACCCAAGGGAGAGUCUGUGUUGGGUCCUCCAGGCCACCCUGGGGUUCCAGGAUCACCUGGUGUACCAGGCUAUGGCCGUCCUGGACCACCAGGGCCCCCGGGACUCCCUGGGCCCCCUUCAAGAUAUGGCCCAGCUAUAACCAUUGCUGGGCCCCCGGGACCUCCUGGACCACCUGGACCACCUGGAGCUUCAGGAAACGCUGCAUCUCUGAAAAUAUUUUCUACCCGUGACAAUAUGAUGCAGAACACCCUCAGGGACACGGAGGGGACUCUGUCUUUCGUCACUGGGACAGGAAGUCUCUUCAUCAAAGUGUCACAGGGUUGGAAAGAGAUACAGCUUGGCAGUCUGAUCUACCUCUCCAGUAACAUCAUUCCACAAGACGAGCCUCGAGUCGCAUAUCAGAUAAGAGGAGAUACAAUGGAGCGAGUGCGUUCAGUUAAAGAGAGGCUCAACCUGGUGGCCUUGAACCAACCCCACUCAGGCGACAUGAUGGGUCUAGACACUGCAGACCGUAUGUGCUACGACCAGGCCAAGGCCAUGGGCUUGGCUCCAAACUACCGUGCCUUCAUCUCUUCACAUAGACAAGACCUAGUCCAUGUGGUCUACCCCGGUUUCCGUGACACCCUGCCAGUUACCAACCUCAGGGGGGAUAUAAUGUUUAGAAACUGGCGAUCCAUUUUCAACGGCGACGGGGGGGCAAUCAAUACCAGGAUACCAAUCUAUUCCUUUGAUGGUCGCGAUGUUUUAGCUGACCCCUUCUGGCCACAGAAGAACAUCUGGCACGGCUCCACCAGCAGAGGUCACCGACUCGUCGACAAACACUGCGAGACGUGGCGAGCCGAUCACAUGUCUGUCAUGGGCCAGUCUUCAAGCCUGACCUCAGGCCUGCUCCUGGGUCAGCAGACGCGGAGCUGCUCAAACCAGUACAUCAUCCUUUGUAUUGAGACCCACAAAAACCUUUAAAACCUCCCAGAUGCCACUCCACUCGAGGAGCCCGUCCCUGCCACCGAAAUGUCAGAUGCUGCGGGGGAAAACAGAGCAGAUCUUUUGAUGUGGAAAAACUCUGGAUGUCAUUGUCAGCGCAGCACUGGUGCUACGUGUUUCACAAACAGACUACAUUAACACCCUUUCACGUUCUUUUGCAAAGAGGAUGUCGCUACUUGUUUCUCCUCUCACUCUACUCUGUUUUUUGAGAGAGAGGUUUGAAUGGCAGCAACAAACACAAACAGCCAAUAAGCAAAGUCAGCUAAUAUUGAUCGUAUGGAAGAGGGUUAUAAUGUUAGGAGCUGAUUUGAAUGCAAACCCUGGAUUUAAAAAAGGACUGUCCCAUUAUCGUGGAGUUCCUAUCAACUCCAACCUGGUGGCACAUAAAGGAAAACAAGCACAGAUGCUUAUGGAGCCAUACGUAUUCACAUCAGUAAUAAUACUAACAUCUGGAAGUGAAUGUGGUGAUGAUCAAUAAUGUUAAGUGAUACAUGCAGCACCUUUGUCGUCUAUCCCCGGCAACUGGAUUAAAUUGCAAGAUGCAUCUGUGUCACUUUGCGACUAGCAUACUGUAUGUUCGUAUUAGUGUUAGUGUCUUAAAGGUAACACAGAUGGAUUUGUCCAUAAAUAGAAGAAGAG